CUGGGAAGGUUGGGUUAGCGGGUGGAGCCGGGGGAAGCGGCCCAGUAAGUGCACAGUCAACAACCAAAGCAUCCGAGAUUACUACAGCCGCACCAAAUUCCCAAAGAAUACCCUCCGGAAACACACAUUCUGGUUUAUUUCUUCUAAUAAUUUCGCUUUGGUUGCAUGAGUUGGAGAGAAUCUCUGAUUCGAACCCUUUUUUAAAAAAAAAAAAAAACCCCAAAAACCCAAGAAACAUUACUAUUAUUAUUAUUAUUCUAAGGAGUGCUUGCAUCGAUCAGGUCGGUUUGCGGCUUCCCGUCGCUUCCACACGUCGCUUUCCUAGUGUGGAGGAAAACGAUUUCGCGAAAUUCCGUAUCCCAGAUUCCUCGAUUGAAUUAGUAUUUUACCGUCCGGGGUCCUGGAUUUACUCAGAGGAGGAGCAGAGGGGAGCCGAUCAUCCGCCGAUCUCUUGGUUCCAGGGAGCACGUGACCCCGGAGAUGAACAAGCUUCGUCAGAGUCUGAGGAGGAAGAAGCCCACCUAUGUGCCAGAGGCCAGCAGACCCCAUCAGUGGCAGGCGGACGAGGAGGCUGUACGCAAGGGCAAAUGUAACUUUGCUGUUCGGUACCUGGGACUCGUCGAGGUGGAGGAGUCAAGAGGAAUGCAUGUUUGUGAGGAAGCUGUGAAAAAGCUGAAAGUUAGUGGCAAAAAGACGGUAAAAGCAGUACUGUGGGUUUCAGCUGAUGGACUCAGGGUGGUUGAUGACAAAACUAAGGACCUCAUUGUGGACCAGACCAUCGAGAAGGUUUCCUUCUGCGCUCCCGACCGGAACUACGACAAGGCCUUCUCCUACAUCUGCAGAGAUGGAACCACCAGACGGUGGAUGUGCCACUGCUUCAUGGCUCUGAAGGACUCGGGCGAGAGACUGAGCCAUGCAGUUGGCUGUGCCUUCGCUGCCUGUCUGGAGAGAAAGCAGCGCAGAGAGAAGGAGUGUGGCGUGACGGCUUCUUUCGAUGCCAGUCGCACCUCCUUCGUGCGCGAGGGCUCCUUCCGCAUCAAUUCAUCCUCCAGCCAGCAGGGAAGCAGCAGUGAGCGAGAUGAGAAGAUGCAGGAUAAAAAGAAAGAUCAGCCCUCUGUCGUCCCAGCUCUCCCUCCUGGCUCGGCCUCUCCACCCGAGGGAACGGCGUCCCAGAUGGAGCGACCAGAACCAGGUGGGCCCCACGCCAUCCCUCGCCGCCAUGCACCCAUCGAACAGCUGGUUCGCCAAGGCUCGUUCAGGGGAUUUCCAGCUCUCAGUCAGAAGAACUCUCCCUUUAAGAGACAGCUGUCGCUUCGCCUCAAUGACCUGCCAUCCACUCUGCAGCGCAAAACAGACUUUGAGGCCACGAACCCUGAGAUGGACAUGGGGUUGCCUUGUGAGGGUGACGGUAGUAUAAAUGCAUUGUGUUGCCAGAUCAACACAUCCUUCGCCAAGCCAUCAGACGAGCUCUUCUCCAACCCAUCUAUGUCUGCAAAUUGCCCUCCGACCUGCACUGUGCCCCCAAUUUUGCCUCCUCCGCCUGCACCUCUCCAGGCCACCUCAUCCUGGGUGCAGCCAGAACCUUCUCUCCACUCCCCUCCUCCGGUUUCUGCUGCACUGCAGAGCGGCCACAAGCGCACCCCCUCAGAGGCUGAGCGAUGGCUGGAGGAGGUCUCUAAGGCUGUCAAAGCCCAGCAGACGCCUCCCUCUGGGCCCAUCAUACCCGCCAUCCCUGGGCCCCCUUCCGUAACCAGUCAUCAUAUAUCCACACAGGCGACAUUGUCCUCUGCCCCAGUAUCUAGUGUCCCAUUGCCCCUCGGUACUUUGCCCAAAUCUCUUAUCUCUGGCCCUUCUGCCCUUCCGUGUCAAACCCAAAUGCCUCUUCCACCCAUGUCAAUAUCAUCUGUUCCUCUAAUACCAGGUCCUCCAGUGUCGGGCCCCCCAAUGUCUCUUCCGUCCAUGUCCAUCCCAACUAUGUCGGGCCCGAGCAUGUCUGGAGCCCCCAUGAUGCAGGGCUCUCUGCCCGGGCCCCCUGGCUCCCUUCCAAGUGCAAUGCAACCAUUCCCCCUUGCUUUUGAUGCCACUCCAGCCCCUGUUGGGAUGUUUGCCAACCAGCCGGUCCAACCUGCCUUCAUGCCGAUGCAGACCUACAUGCCUGGUCUGGCUAGCAGCAUGACUUACCCCAAUGCCAGCGUGCCUGUGGUAGGCAUCACACCGUCACAAAUGGUGGCUAAUGCCUUUUGCACCGCCACAGGCUCAUCAAGCACAGGUCCGACCAUGGGCUCGGCUGCUGGAGGGUCCAAAGUGGGCACUGUCGGGCAUCACCACUCCUAUCCAGGAGCGGCCGGCGCAACCGGACACCCCUCAGGGUUUAACACAGCUACGUUUUCCUCCACUCCACCUCUGUCGUCAGCCAUUAACGGCCUCCCACCCCACAGCAGUGCAGCCGCAAUGAACCUCCAGAACGGGACUUCGGUCAGUGGUGGCAGUGGAGAGAGCUGGCCUCCAGAGGGCAGCCAACUAACCGCUCCAGGGGUUAGCGACUCCCAAGACGAUGAUCGUUUUGAAGCCAAGUGGGCGGCACUGGAGACAAAAGGAGCGACGCAACCGACAGGGAACAAGGCACCGGCUGCCACAGCCAAUCCAUUCUCCAACAGUCUGCAAAAAACUUUUGAGAUUGAGCUCUGAGUUGGACUCUGGCUCUUAACAAUGUAGAUCUUGCUCUGGGGUUAAAGCCCGAGGAAGAUGGGAACCUAUUCCAGGAAUUUUUGCUUAAUUGGUAUACAGGUCCUUUCAGACGGUCUAGCAUCCAGCCUGUGGCAGCCUUGGAGUCAGUGCUACUACGAUCUUAAUUUCUUUCUUUAUGAUCCCAUGUGAGAUAGAGACAAACUCAGCAGUCGGCUGGGCUGCAGUCUGAGAGAAUCAGGUUUCCAGCUGUCUGAACUUCACAAACUGAAUCCAUUCAGUCCAACCGUCAACAUUCUCUCCUUCGUGCUAUCGCUUCUCCACUCUGGCUUUGUUUUCCCUGCUGCAAGUCCCUAGAUUUACUGCAUGUUCAUCCUACUGAAAGCACUGUGGGGUCAGUGGUUUCUUUUUUUUUUAAAAAAGAGGACUCAACUUGGAUGCAUUCCAACUCAAAAAGAUAUUUUUGGACGUUUGCUUGUUAUAUUUUUUUAUCGUGGCGGUUUUAUGGUGUCUGGCAACAUCGUGGACGAAGGUGUAGAAGAUUCAAGUAACACACCGAUGCUGAUCUCAGCCGAGUGGGGCAGAAGUCUGGAUGCCUGAAAGGAAGAGUCCAAACGACUUGCUGACCACUAGUACAGAUUUAUGGCCAAAAUUGCUUUAUUUAUUGUAUUCUGAGUUUAACAUGUUUUAUGUACCUUGAAACCCGUAAGCUGAAGCCGAGUUUCAGAAGCAUGUUUAUGUUAUUUAUCCCAAUGUGUUUGAUUUAUGACAGCAGAGAAAGGAAAGCACUGUGGGAAUCCUAAUCAUAUAACAGGAACCAAAUAACCACAACUUCCACUACAGCUGCGUACUGGGAUGAGUCAGACUGGUGUAUAUAGCCGCAUGUUUCUUCCACCUCACUGCUGAGGCCUGAUAAAUCAAAACGGUGUCACUUGGAUGUGUAGCUUGUUACUUUGAUAAUCGCCUAACAACAAGGGCAUGAGACACUUCAGGAUAACCAGCACAUACAGUAGAGCACACAAGCAGUCUGUCUUCACCAAACAAACACAAGGAACUUUAACAACUCAGUGGAAAAAAAGAAAAAUGCUCCUCCUCACUGUGCAACUAUGGAGAAACGAUGCACUACAUUCCAGAUUUCACAAAUCCUCAUAUGUCUGCUGACACAGGGUAUACGCUCCUCACGUACAAUAAUUAUUGUGUACUCACCUCUUUGAGUAUCAUGGUAGUGCUACACUCACAGUGCGCUGCAAAAGUAUUCCCACCCCCAUGAACCUUUUUGCCAUGUUGCAUGUGAUGGACCGAAACAAAGUAGUGCACAUUCCAAGUAGGAAAUUACAUCAAAAUAUCAUCAGAAAUUAAAAAAGAGAAGUAUUAUGUAAAAUGUAGCUUUUUUUUAGCUUUAUAUCAUGUUAUAAUGUUACUUCCUAGUCAGAAACACAGCUGGAGUGUUGCUUUGAUUCUUCCAUGCAUGUUUAAGAAAUCCUUGAAUCUCCUGUGGCAGCCAUUCUUGGUUGCCUAGCGUCCCACUGAGCUCCUCUAAACUAGUGGCAGCAGCAAUUAUCAACCACCUGGUGGAACUUUCUGUCUGUUGAGCUCAUCGUACAAACUGCUUCUCAGUCUGGCUCUCCUAAGAACAGCUGUUUACGGUGACAUUGUUGGGACGACAUCCUGAAAGGAAAGUGAAAGAGUAGGAGCCCAAUUUCAAAGCGCCAAAUUGUGAAGUUAAAUUAUUUUAAAAGUUAUUUUUAUUACAUUUACAGCUCUGGAAAAAAAUGAAGAAACCUCUUUAUUCUUAUACUCUUUAUUAGUAUAUGUUUGAGUAAAAUGAACAUUGCUAUUUUAUUCUAUGAACUACUGACAUGUCUCCCAAAUUUCAAGCAAAAACUUAGUAUUUAUUUGCAGAAAAUGAAAAAUGUUCAAAAUAAUGAAAAGGAUGCAGUGCUUUCCCAACCUCUAAUAAUGCAAUGAGAACAAGUUCAUAUUCAUUUAGAAACAACAACACUAAUGUUUUAACUCAGGAAGAGUUCAGAAAUCAAUAUUUGGUGGAAUAAUCAUGAGGUUUUUAAUGGGGUUCGGUGCAGUGGGCUCUUCACUUUUUCCAGACCUGUAUGUCAUUUUUCUAACAGAAUUACUUGAAUGUGAUAUAAAAUGGCACCAUGUGCCUGGAAAAAUACAUAAUACCACCUCUUUAAAAGAGUGAUUCUCAUCCUUCUCAAGUGAAUUUAGAUCUGGACUUUGACUAGGACAUUCUAGCCCACAAAUAGGCUUUGAUCUAAGCCAUUAUCUUUAAAAAAUAUGUACAGCUUUGUUUGGCAUAUCACAUAAAAUCCCAAUAAAAUGCACUGAUGUCUGUGGUUUGAAUGGCACACAAUGUGAAAAAGUUCAAAGGGGUUUAAAUACUUUUGCAAGGUAUUGUAGAUUUCAGGGCAACCAGAGAGCUUGCGACUCGGGGAAAUAAUCAUGUUGAGUGAAUGUAAAUCAAAGUUUCAGCUGACGCAUAAACAGGGACAACUGCACAUGUUGCUACCAUGGAGAACGAGCUGUAUGUGAGAAACUGAGGGAGGGGAAACAGAGUCGCACCUUUAGGGAGUAAGGAAAAGGACGUCUGAUGGAAGAAACGUAGACAAAACAGGUUGAAUAGGAUGUAAAAGCAGGAGGCAGGUUUGGUUAGAGCUAAGACAUAUUCAUCAUUACGUCCACAACACAAACAGCGUCUCUGGUGUCUUUACACUCUGCAGCUUCAAACACUGUGGAGCAACACCUCUGAUCAGUUUAAAACAAAAUGUCAGCUGUCUGACUGCAAUGUCACAAAUUUUCCUUUUUAAUUUCUCAAACUGUGCAACUCGUGAUGCAGUUUGAACUUCAACUAAGUAGGUAGCGCUUUGAGUGUGGUAAGGUCGGGUCCCGCUGAGGAGAUCCAGCAUAAAAAAAAAGCAGAAAUGUUAAUAAUCAAAGGGCUUUCUGCAGGUGGUUUCUCUCUUCUACAAGCUAUGAUCCGAUCAGAGAUGCUCCUGCUUCACUCCAUGAAUACGGACUGCCACUUUUAACAUUAUCUGCUCCUUGUUUUAAAGAACUUAACGACUCCCUUCCUGCGGCUGACGGCCUGACUUUUUCCGUCAUCCAAAUUUAUAGGCGACUGACCUAAUUUGUACCAUUUUAUCUCCUCCCAGGCUUCGGCCAAUUUGGUUUAAAUCAAUAUUUCUUCCAAUCUGAGCAAACUGCUUUCUCUACCUUCCUUUCUUUAUUAAGCUAAUCUGAUUGAUUGGUUGAUUGAUUGGUCCAUAAAAUAGAUGCUUUUAGUCCACUCAGAGACCACUUUUGCCCUUGACUCUUGUUUGCGCGCCCUCCAAAUUAUAAAUUGUGUUUUCCGUCAAAGCAAACUAAAUGACCUCAUCAACUUGAUUGUAAAACCUUAGCUUAGUGAUGGUAACAAAGCGAACCAGUGGAGUUUAUUUUUAAUCUUUAUUUACAGAAGUUUUUGUAUUUAAACCAACAUAUUUGUAUUGUAAUUACAUUGUACAAAAGAUAAAUAAAGUAAUAUAAUAUUAUCCCUG